CUAACAAAUAAAAUGGCGUCCGAAAACAGCUCGGAACCGCUGGAGGAGAAACCAGCCGCUCUGACAGAGCCGGCCUCGGAGCACGAUGAGCAGCAGCAGCAGCAGCAGCAGGAGGAAGAGCAGGAAGAGCAGCGAGGAGCGGCUGCGGAACCAGGCGAGUCCAGGCUGACGCUGUAUCACUGGACGCAGUCGUUCAACUCUCAGAAGGUGCGUCUGGCCAUAGCAGAGAAAGGCUUGCGCUGUGAGGAGUACGACGUGAGCCUGCCGCUCAGCGAACACAACGAGCCCUGGUUCAUGCGUCUGAACCCUACCGGUGAAGUGCCGGUCUUAGUCCACCGUGACAACGUCAUCUGUGACCCAACGCAGAUCAUGGACUACCUGGAGCACAACUUCAAUGACGCUUUUUCUAAGGGUCUCAUUCGGUCACAUCAAAGUGGAGACAAUAUGAGAGCAUUCCCAAGCUGGUGCCUGAAGAGGGCAGCACAUACUAUCACAGAGUGCAGCACUACAGGGAGCUGCUGGACUCACUGCAGAUGGACGCCUACACCCAUGGCUGCAUCCUCCACCCCGAGAUCACAGUGGACUCCCACAUACCAGCGUACGCUGCCACAUGCAUACGAAAUCGGAAAUACACAGUCUGAGCUGAAAAGACUGGCGGAGCAGAACCCAGAGCUGAAAGAUGCCUACGUAGCAAAACAGAGGCGCUUAAAAUCUAAGUUGUUUGACCAUGGCAACAUGAAGUACCUGAAGAAGCUUCUGGAUGAACUGGAGAGCGUGAUGGACCAGGUGGAGACAGAGCUUCAGAGGAGGGUGGAAGAAACACCAGAAGAAGGCAGUCAGUCCUGGCUGUGCGGCGAGUUCUUCAGCAUGGCCGACGUCUCUCUGGCGGUGACCUUACACCGCCUCAAGUUCCUCGGCCUCUCCCGCCGCUACUGGGGCAACGGUAACCGCGUCAACCUGGAGACGUACUACGAGCGCGUGGUGGAGCGGCCGGCCUUCUGGAGGGUCCUGGGCCACGUCAACAACAUCCUGAUAUCGGCCGUGCUGCCUGUGGCGUUCCGCGUGGCCAGGAAGAACGCGCCGGCAAUUGUCGGCACCACCCUGCUGAUCGGCGUUCUUGGCGGAGCGACGUACUUUGCCUUCCUGUACAUGAAGAAGAGGCUCACUGCCUUUAGCUGAGGGACGAUGAGGUGUGUGGGGGAACUUGUGGGGAACUAAGAUAAAUAUUGCAUACUUUAAAGCGCAAAUUAAAAUAAAAAUACAUAGAAGAAUAUAACAAAUUAAUAAUCAGCACUCCGUACCUCGUUUAAUUUUACUCUGUUGCUAUUUGCACAAAAUGCACUUUUAGGUGUCCUCAUUGUGCGACUGCUAAAAUAUACACCAACGGUUGGACUUAAAGAACCAUAAUAAUUGUUUGCACUUCUUUUUUUGCAUCGCUAUACAUCACAUUAUACCACAUCUAGUGUGUCUUUGUAGCCCUACCAGUUGAGUCUCCGUUUUUGAACAGGAUUACAUUCAAAGGCAAUGCUUUGGUAGCAAGUAUGACAGGCAUGCUUGUGAAUUUGGUCGCCUCUCGCUUUAAAACCUCCAGGAAACUUCUGGUCUGGCUCUCUUCCCUUAUGAGCGGUUUGUUUUUACGGUCCGUAUAAUGGCACCUAAACGUACCAUUCCCCCUCCGCCAAAAUGAAAACUCUACAGACGUUUUACCGUUUCUGAUGUAAGGCAAAUAUGAAUUAUAGUAAAUAGACUAAAACAUGCAAAAAACAUUAGUGUGUUCAUUUCGGUGUUUUUAAUGUGUGCUUAAAUCAUUAUUCAAUGUUUUUUUUAUGUUUAAAGUUUGCAAGAUAGCACAGCAGAAGUCUGUCCAGCAACUACCGAAACACGUGUCUGCGUUUGACCACAGCUCUGUAUAGACUCUCUGUUAUCUCACCUUCACUUAUGUUUCACUAUGUAUUCUGUGUUACAAUAGUUGAAACUAUUGUUAUUCCAAUCGUCUCCAGACCAUCACGUGCAACAUCUGUCUGAGAUUAAACUGCUUCCAAACAACC